AUGUGGCCUGUAGUCCCCAUUCUGUUCUCCUUAUGUCUGAAUUUGAGGGCCAUCAAUGCCUCCCCAGAAAAGGGGACCCAUUGCUCCAAGAACCAAGUGGCCUUUAAUCACUCAUGCUAUGAGUUUGUGGGACAUAAGCGCUCUUUUGCUAGUGCCCAGAAGUGGUGUGAGAGGCAGGGAGGCCAUCUUAUCUUUAUCAACAGUCCAGAAACCCAACAGUUCCUCCAAAGAAACAUCCCUGAAGAAAGAGAGUGGUGGAUAGGACUUACCUGGAACUAUGCACAGAAUGAAACUGCAGAAGGAUGGAUGGUUUGGUUGGACAUGUCCAACUUAAGUUACAGCCACUGGCAUGAGGACCAGCCUCCUCCCUUCUUAACCAGGUGUGGCUAUAUUAUGAAGAAUUCCCUCUAUGAAUGGGCUGCAAUGGAAAACUGCACUCAGGAGUUUGCCUUCAUUUGUGAAUUUGGAUUUGGCCAGAGCCUAGCCUGUGAAGGUUCCAAUGCCACUAUGCACUGUGGUUCGGGAGAAGUCAUUCAGAUUGAUGAUGGCUUCUAUGGACGGCAGACUCCCCAUUACUGCACCAUGGAUGGAACUAUGCCUGCAAAACAAGAGGAAGAGUGUGGUGGGAUCAGCAUCAGAGAUGAAAUAGCAGGACAGUGCCAUGGGCUUCAGGCAUGCCAGGUGGCAGCAGAUGGGGCAUUCUUUGGAGAUAUGUGCCCUUUUCUUGGCAGUUACCUUUGGAUCCAAUACCACUGUGUGGAAGGUCUUCAAGUGAUUGUGCCUGAUGAGUGUUUCAUCUCUGACAAUAUCACCAUCUCCCUGACGUGGCUGCUCUCACCCUAUACUGGAAAUCUGUCUUGUGUUAUCAACACUGGUGAUGGUACAGCUAUUGAUCCAUAUUAUCCUCCAAGUAGUUUGUCCAGCAAUGUUACUCAUCGAUUUACAUCUCCUGGAGAGUUUACAAUUUUUGUGGAGUGCACGGCCAGCGAGUGGCACGUGAGUGCCCAGAGGCAAGUGACUGUCCGGGACAAGAUGGAGAAACUCAGUGUGACUGGUUGUUAUAAUCAAUGGGAAUUUGGAAGCAGCUCCCACUGUAGAACCCUCUAUGGAGGUACUUUAUGGAUACAAGUUGAACUUGAUGGAGGAACUGGAGUAACUUACACAAUAUUGUCAGAUAACAUCACUCUGACAGAAUCCUCCGUCCAGAAAGGCCUUAUCCCACAUAAUCUGACCCUGGUCAGCACGGCUCAGCCAUUGCUCCAGCCAGGAGUUCACCAUCUGGAAAUUUUAGCAGUCAGCAACACCACCACCUCCAAACUUUCGACAAACCUCACUGUUCACAUCAUUGAGCCCCUGUCAGGUCUUCACGCCUUCUGGGUUUCUGACCACUUGGAGCUGGGACAAGACCUUCUCAUUAAUGUGUCUGUGGCCCAGGGGUCCCCUGAGGAGCUGACAUUUGAGGUGGCGGGGGCCAGUGGAAACUUCUCCUAUGUGAGAGAGUGUUUGGGCAAAGAAUCCAGGGUUUACAGUAUCCCCAUUCUGGCAAAAGGAACCUUUCUGGUCACAGUGCAUGCUCAAAACAUCUUCUCAAAGCUGAGCUUGACAAUCGGGAGAGUCAGUGUAUCUGCUGAGGAGCCUGUCGACAAGGCAACUCCCGCUAACCAAGAGCCAUCCAAGAUGAACUUCCAGAAGGAAAAUAAGGAUAAAAGGAAAAGCCAACUGUAUGUUAAACCAAGUCGAUAUGUGGAUCCUUUCACCACGGUGACUCUGGGUUGGCCAGAUGACAACAAGAGUCUGAACUUUGUGUGGUCAUGUGGGCGGUGCUGGCCUCAGUGGAGAGAAUGUGUCCAGCAGCAGCGGCUCUUCACAGACCAAAGGGAGAUGCUUAUAGAGCCUUCCUGUCUGCCCCCUCCCAAUUCCGCCAUCACCCUCCGCAUCCUGGUACAUGGUGUGCAGGGAGAACAGUGGCAAGAUGAACAGUGUCUAUAUGUGACAGCAGAGCAGAAACUGCACCCUCAAAUCAGUUGCGAAAAGAAUUGCAAGCCAGUGAAUGUGAGUGAACAUGUCAUGUUGAAGGCCACUUGUGAUGACCGAACGUCUGUGACAUACAGCUGGUAUUUAGACACAUCCUUCCAGGAGAAGGUGGACCUUCUUCCUGCUGUCUGUGGUCUCAGUGGUUUUAGGCCAAGCUCCUUAAAGCUGCUACAGAGGAACACCUCCAUCUUGAAAAUGAGCAGUUCCUUCCUGUCUGAACUUGGGGCCUCAGCCACUGGUGUAGUUAAAAUUAAAGUCACAGCAAUGACCAAGUUGGCCUAUGGAGAACAGACCUACAUUGUCAGCACCCUUUAUCCUCCCAAGGCUCCAACUUGUUCUGUUAUUCCAGAGCAUGGAACCAUUCUGACAAGCUUUAGGAUCUCAUGCAAUGCAUCUGCAGAGCCUGGCUUACUCAUCUAUUGUUUCUGCCUGAAAUCAGAUUCAUGCUUCUAUUGUGGUCAUGAGCCGGAACUCCCUUCCAUUUAUCUGCCACUUGGAGAAGAAGAAAAGAACUUUGUUCUGAAGAUUCUCAUUUCUGUUGCUAAUAAAGCUGGAGAUACAGUCCAUACCCACAUAGCAGUCAAGGUAGAACAAGAAGACACAAACAAGGGAAACAGAACACUCCAUGCACUGAUGUCAGAGAAGAUAAGCAACAUACUAAAAGGAGAGAACAGCAGCAUGGCACUUAUCCAGUUGUCUAAGUCAGUGUCCUCCAUCUUGAAUCUGGGGGGCCAGGAUGAAGGCUUCCCUCCGUCUCUGAGAGCCAGCCCUGCACAGGAGAUCAGAGAGCUCAUGCUGAGGAUGCUGGCUUCUGUCCCUGCUGAUGAAAUGCAGCUGGCUCUGGGGAUGGCAGAGGCACUGAAAGACGUCACCUUCCGCCAUGAAGAGCUCUCCCCUUCAGCCCAGCUGGUGGCCAGCCGUGUGCUUUGGAAUGUCAGCAAGUCCCUGGCAAUGGGGAUGUCUAGCCCUGAGGAUGGCACCGUCAGACAGAAGCACCAGAUGACAGCCAUGUACCUGUUUCAUGCAGUGGGAAAUAUACUUGAAGCAUCGAGGAGCCAAGAGCCUGAAGAACCACUGGGCUCUGGUACCAGCCAGGUGAUCGUGCAGCUGCUCGGUGCCCUAGAGAAUCUACAGAGUGCUCUCUUACUGGGAAGGCCUCCUAGAGACCACCCUACCAUGCUGAGUGUACCCGCCAUCUCUGUGUAUAUCAACAGGGUGCAGCCGCAAAGUCUGGAUCGUGCCUCCUUUCAUCUCAACACAAGCAAUUCUGCUGUCUUCACUCUGCCCAGCAUUACUUCCCUCAACACCUUGGGGGAUGAUGAUGAACCUGUGGACAUAAGGAUGGUGAGUUUUCCUGAGAAUCCCUUCCCUGCAAGUGGCAGCUUUGAUGUUCAAGGGAGUGUUGGAGGCCUACAUCUGACCAGCCCUGGGGGUCAGCUCAUCCCAGUGAAGAAUCUAAAAGACAAUAUUGAGAUUGUGCUGCCUCGUUUCACAAAGUUAAAGGACACACAGGCUUUGCUGAAUCUGACAACUUCUGCCACUUUUCAAGUGAACGUGACCUCUGGAAAUGCUUCUCUGGUGAUUCACCUUGAGUGGGACUUUGAUCUCCCACUCACACUGUACCUGGGCUACGGCUACCACCCCAAUGAGACCACCUAUGAUGUCAAAACUCACCUUUAUGCAAAGACUCAUCUUACAGGUAAGCUGGCCACCUGGAUCCUAAAUGCUGAAGAUCUGCCUUUUGGAGAAGGAACCUAUUACGUGAAAGUGAUUCCUGCACCUGAGCUGGAUCCAGAAGCCCACUGCAAUGUCACUGUUAGCGUUACAUGUUUCAUUUCCCAGUGUGUAUUCUGGGAUGAGCUCCAGGAGGAUUGGAGAUGUGAUGGGUGCAAGGUGGGUCCCCAGACUACCCUUUACAGUACGCACUGCCUCUGCAAUCAUCUCACCUUCUUUGGAAGCACUUUCUACGUGAUGCCCAACAUCGUUGACGUGAGCCAAACGGCUGAGCUCUUUAGCACCUUUGUGGACAAUCCUGUGGUUGUGACCACUGUGGGUUGCCUCUGUGUGGUGUAUGUGAUGGUAGCUCUCUGGGCAAGGAGGAAAGACAUUCAGGACAAUGCCAAGGUGAAGAUCACAGUGCUAGAAGACAACAAUCCCUUUGCCCGGUACCAUUACCUGGUGACAGUAUUUACCGGCCACCGACGGGGAGCAGCUACCACCUCCAAGGUGACAGUCACCCUUUACGGGCUGGAAGGAGAAAGUGAGCCUCACCACCUAUCAGACCCAGACACCCCAGUCUUUGAGAGAGGGGGUAUGGAUGUCUUCUUGUUGUCUACUCUCUUUCCACUUGGAGAACUGCAGAGCAUCCGACUAUGGCAUGACAACUCUGGAGACAGGCCAUCCUGGUAUGUCAACCGUGUGUCAGUCCAUGACUUGACACUAGAUCAGAAAUGGCAUUUCCUCUGUAAUUCUUGGUUGUCCAUUGAUGUUGGUGAUUGUGUCCUAGACAGGAGGUUCCCAGUGGCCACAGAACAAGAUAUGAAACAAUUCAGCCACCUGUUUUUCAUGAAGACCUCAAAGGGUUUCCAGGAUGGACACAUUUGGUAUUCAAUUUUCAGCUGCUCCCCUCGAAGCUCAUUUACAAGAGUUCAGAGAGUGUCCUGUUGCUUCUCUCUGCUCCUCUGCACUAUGCUGACCAGCAUCAUGUUCUGGGGGGUCCCCAAAGAUCCAGCUGAGCAGAAAAUGGACUUGGGUAAAAUUGAAUUCACUUGGCAAGAAGUGAUGAUUGGUUUAGAAAGCUCCCUCCUUAUGUUCCCCAUCAACCUACUUAUUGUUCAGAUCUUCCGGAACACACGACCUUGGACACCCAAAGAUGAGAAAACUGGGAAGGGUCCCAUGCCCCCACAGUCUCCUCCCUCCCCAGGAGCUGUGCGGGAGGCCUUCCUCACCUCUGAGACCGUAACAAAGGAUAUUUGGAGAAUUGUCAGCUCAUUACUUAAAACUCUGAAGAUUUCGUCACCUGCUUCAGGGGCAGAGCUGGGAAAAUCAAUGGAUAUCAACAAACUUUUGGCUUUAAUAGAAGAGAUCAUUUGCCCAGAGGACAAAACUGGAAAGGAUUUUAAUGAGGAGGGCAGGAAAAAGGAGGCUGUCUCUAUCUUUACCCUUAGGCCUGUCAACUUAAAAGAGCAAACCAGAAUCUCCCAAACCAAGGAGAUGAAGAAUUGGCUCCAGAGCAGUGACUAUAGUCAUUAUCUCUUUAUGCAUCUUCAACAAGUAGAGAGAGAACUCCAACUUCUGGGGCCUCAUGAUUUCCAGGAUCCUAAGAGCCAUGCCCAGGCAGUGGUGCAGGUCCAGACCCUGAAAAGGCUUCUGGGAGACCAGGAUAGUUCCCAAGAACCAACCGGCAUGAGAGUCCAGUCCAUCAUUGGGUCCAACAAGCAAGGCUCUGCUGGCCCAAGCCUGCCCUGGUGGUUUGUCCUCAUUGGCUGGCUACUUGUUGUGAGCACCAGUGGCGUUGCAGCCUUCUUCACCAUGCUGUAUGGGCUCCACUAUGGGAAAGACAACUCCAUCAAAUGGCUUCUUUCCAUGGCAGUAUCAUUUGUAGAAAGUGUUUUCAUCACCCAACCCCUGAAGGUCCUGGGAUUUGCUGCUUUCUUUGCCCUAGUCUUGAAGAAAGCCGAUCAAGAGGAAGAUUAUUCAGCACCUAUAGCUGGACACCUGUGUGGCCCAGAUUCAGACAUUUUCUUCCGAGCCCGUAGGGACAGUCAAAGUGGCAUCUACCAACCACCUCUUGAUGCUGAUGUUGAGAAGAUGAAGAGGAAUCGCCUCAAGGAGCAGAGAGCAUUUGCCUUAAUUAGAGAAAUAAUGGCUUACAUAGGGUUCUUAUGGAUGCUUUUGCUGGUUGUUUAUGGACAGAGGGACCCUAAUGCCUACUACUUCAACAGGCAUCUAGAGAACAGCUUCUGUACAGGGCUGCAGGGUGUGCUCAAUUUCCAGGAAUUUUUUGAGUGGGCCAAGACCACAUUAGUGAGCAACUUAUAUGGUUCAUAUCCAGGCUUUAUUACAGAUGGAAACUCAAAGCUGGUUGGAAGUGCCCAGAUCCGUCAAGUCAGAGUCCGCAAUGACUCUUGCCCCAUCACCCAGGAACUAUGGGCUUCUCUUCAUGAAUGUCAUGCACCGUAUUCCCUGGAAGCUGAAGACAUGUCUGACUAUGGUGAAGGUUGGAAAAAUUCCACUUGCAAUGAAAGCUCUAGCCAUUCCCAGGCUUGGCAGUAUCAGAGCCAGACCCAGCUACGAGGCCAACCCAUCUGGGGCAAACUCACAGUCUAUCGAGGAGGAGGCUACAUAGUGCAUUUGGGAACAGAUUCAAAGAAUGCAUCAAGGAUUCUUCAGUAUCUCUUUAACAACACCUGGCUGGACACCUUCACUAGAGCAGUGUUUGUGGAGUUUACCGUCUAUAAUGCUAACGUGAACCUUUUCUGUAUUGUGACUCUGACUUUUGAAACAAACGCUGUAGGCGCUUUCCUUCCACAAGCAGAACUGCAAAGUAUCCGACUUUAUCCCCUCACCAAUGGUUUCCAUGUCUUUGUGGUAGCCGCUGAAGUUAUCUACUUCCUCUUCCUGGCCUAUUAUAUGGGCAUUCAGGGUCGGCUUAUGAAGAGUCAAAAAUGGAGCUAUUUCCGCAGUAAAUGGAACCUGCUAGAACUUGCCAUCAUCCUGAUCAGCUGGAGUGCUUUGUCAGUGUUUGUGAAGAGAACUGUCCUGGGGGCCCGAGAUAUCAAAGACUACUUGACCCACAAGGACAAGGCUGUCAGCUUUGGAGAAGCAGCCAGGGCAGAUGCAGUUCUGGGCUACCUGAUUGCAAUCCUGAUGUUCCUGUCCACUGUGAAAUUGUGGCAUCUUCUUAGGCUGAACCCCAAGCUGAAUGUGCUCACUUCUACCCUGCGCAGAGCCUGGGGAGAUGUCUCUGGAUUCAUCGUUGUGAUUGCUAUCAUGUUCCUAGCCUACUCAAUAGCAACAAACUUGAUAUUUGGCUGGAAGCUUCAUUCCUACAAAACCCUUUUUGAUGCAGCAGAAACAAUGGUCAGCCUGCAGCUGGGGAUCUUCAACUAUGAAGAGGUUUUGGAUUCCAACCCUGUGUUGGGCUCUUUCUUGAUUGGCUCCUGCAUCAUCUUUAUGACGUUUGUGGUGCUGAAUCUGUUCAUUUCUGUCAUCCUUGUUGCCUUUAGUGAGGAACAAAAAUAUCACCAGCCUUCUGAGGAGGAAGAAAUUGUUGAUUUGCUCUUGAUGAAAAUCUUCAGUUUCCUUGGCAUUAAGUGCAAAAAGAAUGAGAAUGUCAUGACUUCUGGUACCAGCCUGCCUUAGACUGACCAGGCAGAUAACAAGUUCGAAAAUUCACAGACAAGCAUGAAUGGAUAUCAGCUGAAAAUGGUAUUGGAACAGUGGGAAUCAGCAAUUUUGCACAGGUAUUGUGGUUUUUCCCCCCAUGUCUGUAAGGGCUUUUCUAGUUCUGUAACUAUCCUUGUCCUCUGCAAUAUGGUGGAGUACUUGGAAUUUGCUUUUGAGGAAGCAUUGGGAGAUGUAGUUUACUGUAGUCUUCCAGAAGUUGGAACAAAAUUGAACAAACAAGAUGAGUUUGGAGCUUUGGAAAGUGUGAAAGCUGCCAGUGAACUCUAUUCUCCACUAACAGGAGAAGUAACUGAAAUUAAUGUAGCUCUUGCAGAAGACCCAGGACUUGUCAACAAAUCUUGUUAUGAAGAUGGUUGGCUGAUCAAGAUGACUCUGAGCAACCCUUCAGAACUUGAUGAACUGAUGAGCGAGGAUGCAUAUGAGAGAUACAUAAAAUCUAUUGAGGACUGAACAUUGGAUCCCCCCAAAAAUUAGUAUUAAGAACACAGCCCAGUAUAGUUUCAUCUUAAAUUAGUGGUAUAUGGAAGGUUAGCAACUUUAACACUUCUGAAACAACACCAUGGCAUGGAAAAAAAAAUCUUAGCUACUCAGAAAUGACUGGAUAAAAAUGCUUUUACUAUUUGCACCUUUUGCACAACUUCUUUCUAGUGAUUUUAAGUUAGUGUCUGUCUAGUUUUGAAUUCAUAGCAUCAUGUGUGGUAAAAACGAAUUCUGAGACCAUGUACUUCAAAGCUAGAAUUUUAUCUGUAAAAAGCCUUAAAUCAGUAAUGUUGUAAUGGCCACUCAACUCCAUCACCAGUUUUGUUCAAAUACAUUUGGUUUUCUGUCCAUGGGAAUAAUUUACUGAGAUUGAUUAGCUGGCUGGUAUCAAGUGCAGAGCAAUACCAACUUAAUUUUUUAAUAAAUUGCUUGGCUGAAGCUAUUUUAUACAGAUGAAGUUUCAGCCUUGCAGGAGAAUAGGUAACGUAAUUGAAUAAACUUUUUAAAAACCCUGA